AGGCGAAGCAUGAGCAGCACUUGCAGCUUUAGCCGGCCGGUCAGAAGGCUGCCGAAGAGGAUCAUCCUGGUGCGACACGGAGAGAGCCAGGGCAAUCUUGAUAGUUCGGCGUACACCACCACGCCGGACUACAAGAUCCCGCUUACGCCCCUCGGCGUCGCGCAGGCGCGCGCCGCCGGCGAGGGCAUACAUGGAGUCGUCUCCGAUGGCGGGCGGACCGCCGACUGGAAGGUGUAUUUCUACGUUUCGCCUUACGCGAGGACUCGAGCGACGCUGAGGGAGAUCGGACGAGCAUUCCCGAAGGAGAAGAUAAUUGGGGCGAGGGAGGAAUGCAGGGUGCGUGAGCAGGAUUUUGGGAAUUUUCAGGUGGAGGAGAGGAUGAUGGCUGUUAAGGAGACAAGGCAGCGUUUCGGAAGGUUCUUCUUUCGCUUUCCUGAUGGGGAGUCUGCUGCAGAUGUUUUCGAUCGUGUUUCCAGUUUUAUGGAAUCCCUUUGGAGGGACAUCGACAUGAGAAGACUGGAGCAGGGCGAAAACUCGGAAACCAACCUGGUAAUCAUCUCCCAUGGCCUGACCUCCCGAGUCUUCCUCAUGAAAUGGUUCAAGUGGACCGUGGAGCAAUUCGAGCGGCUGAACAACUUCGGCAACUGCGAGUUCCGAGUGAUGCAGCUCAGUCAGAGUGGUGACUACAGCCUUGCCAUCCACCACACCAAGACAGAGCUCGAGAGCUGGGGACUCUCGCCGGAGAUGAUCAUCGACCAACAAUGGAGAGCGGCGGCCAAUCGGGGGAACUGGAAUGAUGAUUGUGCCUGGUGUCUCUUUUCGUUUUUUGAUCAUCUGAAGACAUCUGAGGAGAAUGGAGAGGGGGAGAUAGAGCUUGCAGAAGAGUGUGCUUGAGAUGCAGAAUGUAAAUUUUGUUUUUUGAAAAUUGCAGGCUUAGUGUAAAUGUUUGUUCAGAUGAAAUGUUUGUUAAUGAACUUUGAUUAUUAUUUUUCAUUAUUUUUC